AUGUCAACAACAACAACACGCACCACAUUGUCAUCCUCCCUCGAACAAUGGGUAAGUGAUGAAUUAUACGAAAUCAUCAAGUACAGUAGUGGUGCGGUUAGUGCCUAUGUGAUUAAUUUGGCCAAAAAGUACCGAUCCAACCCGAGUCGGCUGGUCAAUGAAUUGGAAAAGGAAUUACUCGGGGAGGACUCUUCAGGAAUGAGCAACACUCAUGAAAUUCUUGAUCGAUUUGCAAGACAAUUAAUAUUAAAAUUGCCGGAAGCUCAUGCACAGGGAGAAACAAACAUCUCCUCAUCUGCGACGAGUAAGAGCAGCAAGUCAGUUUCAAAAUAUUCAUCAUCGUCAUCCUUUCUCGAUGAAGAAAAUGUUUCCAACCUUCUUGUUCUUUCCGAUGAGGAAGAAUAUUCUGGCAGCAGCACGAAAAAGAGCAGCAAAAAACGAAAAAAGGCAAAGAAUGUUCAUUUGCGAACGAAAAACACUUCAGAGAAUGCAGAACAAGAGGAAGGAAAUGCAAAUCUUAAUUUCUUGGAAACUCCACCUAAAAAAUCAAAAUAUGAAGACGAAAAUUUGGAAAAUCAGUCGGAGGGUAUUACGGAAAACCUUGCUUCCGAGCAGCAACAACAAGAAGAAAUAACACCACAAAAUGAAGAGCAACCUUCAACAACAUCAGCAGACGAGAAAACCUCUUCUCAAAAGAGACGACUCACACGAGAGGAGCUUGUCGAGCAACGAUCCAAAGCAUUAGGAGAUCGAAAGAGGGUGUUAGAAGAUUUGAGAAAGAAAUCACGACAUCACUAUCUCACUGAAAGAGAACGUAAAUUAUUAAGGGAGCUAGAGAAUCAAUUGAUUGAGGAAGAAAUUGGGAAAAAGGAUUAUGAAUUGGAUGAAGCUGAAAGACUUGCUCGAGAGACUAAAAGACGAGUCUUGCAAUAUUCCAAAUCAAAGAAUAAUACUCGAAAGAUGGAUUAUUAUCAAUUGCCUGAAAAUUAUUAUGAUCCAGAAACAGGCGUGUCACGUAAUAAGGAACGAUUAGAACUCAUCAAGAAGCGAGAGGACUACUCGUAUCAUGAUCAUCAGGGACAUCGUAUUUCAGAACAACGAAAGCUUGAGAAUGAUCUCAUUGAGCAAUCUACAAUGAAGUUUGGAGCAGCAGAUCGAGUGAAACAAGCAGAGCAAGAACAAAAAGUAGACCUUGUCGUUGAGGAUGAAAUUGAAUUCAUACAGGAAAUUCUCGAAGGAAAACGAGAAAUGCCAGAAGAGCUCAAGAAGGAACUAGGUCUCACUGAUAGCAAGCAACUGAAUAAGACAGCAGUCGAUAAGGUCACAUCCAUGCAAGAAUUUCGAAAAACUCUUCCCAUAUAUUCCAUGAGAGACAAGCUCAUUCAAGCAGUCCAUGAACACCAGGUCAUUAUCAUUGUUGGUGAGACUGGUUCAGGAAAAACCACACAGCUGACUCAAUAUCUACAUGAGGCUGGCUACACACAGAACGGCAAAAAGAUUGGAUGUACACAACCACGUAGAGUUGCUGCCAUGUCUGUGGCAGCUCGUGUCGCCGAUGAAAUGAACACAAAGCUUGGUGAAAAGGUUGGUUACACCAUUCGUUUCGAAGAUUGUACCUCUGAAAAUACCAUUAUCAAGUACAUGACUGAUGGUAUGCUUCUGAGGGAGUUUUUGAAAGAGCCCGACUUGGCAAGUUAUAGUGUCUUGAUGAUUGAUGAAGCUCACGAACGAUCUCUGCAUACAGACAUCUUGUUUGGGCUUGUAAAGGAUAUUGCUCGAUACAGAAGUGACAUUCGUUUAAUCAUUUCUAGUGCCACUGUGGAGGCAGAAAAAUUCUCGAGGUAUUUUGAUGGUGCACCAAUAUUCAAUGUUCCUGGAAGAAAGUUUCCUGUCGACAUUUACUACACCAAAGCACCAGAGAAUAACUAUCUCGAUGCAGCUGUGGUCACUGUUUUACAAAUUCACCUCUCUCAACCUGACGGGGAUAUUUUGGUGUUUUUAACAGGUCAAGAUGAAAUUGAAAAAUGUGAGGAGGCACUCAAAGAACGUAUCAAAAUGAUUUCCUCUAAGGCUAAGGAAUUAAUUGUGGUACCAAUUUACUCCACUCUUCCCUCAGACCAACAAGCCAAGAUUUUCGAGCCAACACCUCCUGGAGCCAGAAAAUGUGUACUAGCUACCAACAUUGCAGAGACCUCACUCACCAUCGAUGGCAUUGUCUAUGUCAUUGACUCUGGCUAUUGCAAACAAAAUAGUUACAACCCUCGGACUGGAAUGUCAUCCUUGGUGGUGACUCCAAUAUCAAAAGCGGCAGCUAUUCAGAGAGCUGGUAGAGCUGGAAGAGUUGCUCCCGGUAAAUGUUUCCGUCUCUACACCUCAUACUCUUUUCAUAAUGAAUUGGAGGAGAGUCCUGUACCAGAAAUUCAACGAACCAACUUAGGAAAUGUUGUUCUUUCGCUCAAGAGUUUGGGAAUUAACGAUUUGGUUCAUUUUGAUUUUAUGGAUCCUCCUCCUCAUGAAACACUCAUAGCCGCUCUCGAACAGCUUUAUGCAUUAGGAGCAUUGAAUGAUGACGGAGAUUUGACUUCCAUGGGUCGAAGAAUGGCUGAAUUUCCACUCGACCCUCAACUCUCUCGAAUGUUGAUUGCCUCUGAAAAAUAUGCAUGCUCUGAGGAAAUUGUGACGAUAUGUGCCAUGCUCUCUGUGAAUAAUGCAAUCUUUUAUAGACCCAAAGAUCGUGAGUUACAGGCCGAUAAUGCUAAAAAAUCAUUUGAACAUCCACAUGGUGAUCACUUGACACUACUCAAUGUGUAUAACGAAUGGGCCGAGACAGGAUACAGUGUCUCGUGGUGUCAACAACAUUUCAUUCAGGAACGAUCCAUGUUGAGAGCCAAAAAAAUUCGAGAACAACUUGUCCAACUCAUGGAACGAGUAGAAAUGGAAAUGCUAUCCAAUCCUCAAGACUCUGAAGCAAUUCGAAAGGCAAUUACAUCUGGAUUCUUUUAUAAUGUUGCGACACUUGAAGGUCACACAGGAAGCUAUCGAACCAUGCACAAAAAACAAACAGUUUACAUUCAUCCCUCAUCAUGCCUCUUUGUUGGAAAUGAUAAGGAUAAGCUUGUCACAGUUGUUGGGGAUCCAAAACUUGCUCCAAAGGAUCAAAAGGAGUUGCCCAAAUGGGUCGUCUUUUUUGAGCUAGGUUCUCACCACACAAGAAUUCAUGAGGCAAGUCAUUGCGAUUGA